GAUUUAAAAGAGGCCUGGGCGGGCGGAGGGAGGCUGUGGAGAGAGCCCGAGAGCGAGCGGAGCGCAGCAGCAGCAGCAGCAGCGAGCGAGGCUACCACCGCCGGGCCGGGCGCAGCGGCAGCGAGUGGAGCCAGGAGGCGCGCUCCGGGCAGAAAGAGCCUGCCGCCCGCCGAGCCGGCGCCCGAAAGCGUGGGCGCCCUCCCCGAGUCCCUGCUCCCGCGCCGUGGCCCCGGCCAGCAUGAGGCUCCUGACGGCCGCGCUGCUCCUGCUGCUCCUGGCGCUGUGUGCUGCGCGCGUGGACGGGUCCAAAUGCAAGUGCUCCCGGAAGGGACCCAAGAUCCGCUACAGCGACGUGAAGAAGCUGGAAAUGAAGCCAAAGUACCCGCACUGCGAGGAGAAGAUGGUUAUCAUCACCACCAAGAGCAUGUCCAGGUACCGAGGUCAGGAGCACUGCCUGCAUCCCAAGCUGCAGAGCACCAAGCGGUUCAUCAAGUGGUACAACGCCUGGAAUGAGAAGCGCAGGGUCUAUGAAGAAUAGGGUGAAAAAUCCCCCGAGGGAAAACGUCACACCGGUCAGGAGACGAGCAAAGGACUUUGCCGAUUAAACAAACAAACCCUUUCUUUGUCACAGGCAUAAGACACGAAUUAAACAUGGUUACCCAGCACUUUUACCGAGGGUCGGUGGUUCGUUUUAUAGCUGCGAGCAAAAGGCUUCCAGAUGUGAGAGCCUUCUCUUGCGCUCCAGACACCAUCACAAGCUGCUUUUUACUGAAAAAGGGGGAAAACUCAUGCAUUUCCUUUGUUUAAAAAAAAAAAAAAAAAAAAAAAGGUUUUUUGGACUUACCCAGAUAUCACUAUACAUCUGAGCUUUCUAAGCGCCUGGGAGGGCAGGGAGCUUGGGUGAGACACUGCUCAGCAGCCUGGCUCCCUUCCCAGCACCGGAAGCUUCCCGCCCGGGGGUCCUGGGGCCUCGGCCCAGCUGCUCCCCUGGGCUCACGGUUGGUCACUGCUACAGGGGGGCUCGGCAGUGGCCCCCAGCUGCCGGGCAAGCAGGAGCAGAUCUCUCCGCAUCUGUUCUUUGAGGAACUCGAGUUUGGCCGCCCGAGAGACACGCUUCGUCCCCCUGGUUAAUUUUGGCACACGCUAGGGAUACAUGGCCAAGAUCUGGGGAUGGCAAAGCAAACGGUCCUUAAGGCAGGGGUUGGCUCUUCUCUCCAACCUGAGAGUUUGGGAAAGGCUCACUGCUGCGAGAGUAAAUGCUUUGAAAGCCGGGGACGUGCUGAGCCAUGCGCUUAGCACGAACCUUGGGGGGAAACUCGCAAAGUUACCAACACAGACACGAUAUACAGCUACGGGCACACACGGUGUUGCCAAGGGAGAACCUUCGAAGCCUGUUUCUUUCCUCACAACGAUGGCACAUGCAGCACGAAAGGCAUCAUUCCACGAUCCUCCACGUAAUUCGUCCGUGCUGAACAGUGCAGCCCUCUCUGGAAAAGCUCAGAUGACCACACGCCCUUCCCUUUGUAAAUACGCUCUUAGGAAGGCCCGCUCUCUCUCACACACACACACACACACACACACACACACGCCUUCAGCAUACGCCGCGCUAUUGGGUCACGUGCUGUGUAAAUGUCAGACACCAUGAGCAUUGCAUGCCGGUUUCGUGUUCUUUCUAAGACAAAAAGAAAAGUAAUAAAGUAUAUUUGAAAUGUACCAAAA